AUGGCCGAUGGUGAUGGUGAAGAUGGGGUAGAGAUGUUGAAAACCUGGGUUGUGUUUGGGAUGGAAUUGGUUCUUUGGCAUGAUAUGAGCCACUACUUACAAGUUGAAGUCCCACCUAAAGGAGUAGACCCUCAGGCUAAUUACUCCAAGUGCUACGAUGAUGAUGGCCACUCAAAGAGAACAGGUACAUUUUGGACUGCAGCAUCCCAUAUUAUUACUGCUGUAAUAGGGCCAGGAGUCCUGUCAUUGGCAUGGGCCAUUGCGCAGCUUGGUUGGAUAGCUGGACCAGCUGUUAUGGUCCUCUUUGCCAUUGUCAAUCUUUACACUUCGAACCUACUAGCUCAAUGUUACAGGGCUGGGGACCCUGUCACAGGACAGAUAAAUUAUACCUACAUGGAAGCUGUCAAAGCUAACUUAGGUGGAAGGAAGGUAUUUUUCUGUGGAUUGAUUCAAUAUCUGAAUUUGUUUGGUGUUGUGAUUGGCUAUACUAUUGCUGCAUCAGUCAGCAUGAUGGCAAUAAAGAGAUCAAACUGUUUCCAUGCAAGUGGAGGGAAAGAUCCAUGCCACAUGUCAAGCAAUGGAUACAUGAUAACAUUUGGAAUAGCAGAGGUGAUAUUUUCGCAGAUACCAGACUUUGAUCAAAUAUGGUGGCUCUCUAUAGUUGCAGCUAUUAUGUCUUUCACAUACUCCACUGUUGGCCUAGGUUUGGGUGUUGGCAAAGUUGCAGGAAAUGCUGCAGCCAAAGGAAGCCUCACUGGCAUCAGUAUAGGGACAGUUACACAUGCAGGACUACUUACUUCUACACAGAAGCUAUGGAGAAGCUUACAAGCACUUGGAGCUAUCGCUUUUGCGUACUCCUUCUCUGCCGUUCUCAUAGAAAUUCAGGAGACAGUAAAAUCUCCUCCUGCAGAGUACAAAACCAUGAAGAAGGCAACUGCAUUUAGCAUUGCUGUGACAACUUUUUUCUACUUACUCUGUGGAUGCUUUGGUUAUGCAGCUUUUGGGGAUAAUGCUCCUGGAAAUAUUUUGACUGGUUUUGGAUUCUAUAACCCUUAUUGGCUGCUAGAUAUUGCCAAUGUUGCAAUCAUUGUGCACCUUGUUGGUGCAUAUCAGGUAUUUUGCCAACCAUUGUUUGCAUUCAUAGAGAAAUGGAGCGCUCGUAAGUGGCCGAAUAGCGACUUUGUGACUGCGGAAUAUGAGAUACGUAUCCUCUUUUCCGGCGUCUACCAGCUGAACUUCUUCCGCAUAGUAUGGAGAACCAUAUUUGUUAUUGUGACAACACUAAUAGCCAUGCUCAUGCCCUUCUUCAAUGAUGUGGUUGGGAUUCUGGGUGCCAUGGGAUUCUGGCCAUUGACAGUAUAUUUCCCCAUUGAGAUGUAUAUUUCACAGAAGAGGAUUGGACGACGGACUAGCCAGUGGCUUGCCCUUCAGAUUCUGAGUGUAUGUUGUCUGUUCAUCACCAUAGCUGCAGCUGUUGGUUCUGUGGCCGGAGUUGUUCUUGAUCUCAAGACUUACAAGCCAUUUAAAACCAGUUAUUGACCAGAGAGAGCUAUUCAUUGACCAAUUAUGGCCCUGGAAAUAGCUAGAAUCUCACGAUUAGCUACUUCUCUAGCAAAUAAGAACUACAACAAAUCAAGUAGUAUAAUCAAGCAGCUGCAGUUCUCCAAAUGUUAGGUUUGUAUUUCCAAUAUUAUCCACCACGAAUGACUACUUGUUCUAGGUUUUCA